AUGGUGAAGGCUAAAUACUACGACCCAAACACCGCCGUCUACCUCGACCCGAACAAUGACCGCCGGGUGGCCGUCAUCACCGGCGGCGCUGGCGGCCUCGGCUGGUACACCAUUCUCCACUUGUACCUCCACGGCUACGUGGUGUACAUGGCGGCAAGAAACCCCACCAAGGUGCAGAAGGCAAUUGACGAAAUCAAGGCAGAAGCACACAAGCGGUCUACGGGCCAUGCGUUGGGCGAGAUCAAACACGUGCAAAUGGACUUGAUGCUGUUGGACUCGGUGAAAACGGCGAGCCAGGAGCUCGCUAAAGCGGAGCCGAAGAUCGAUAUCUUGAUUAAUAAUGCUGGCAUCAUGGGGGUGCCGUUUGACGUCACCAAGGACGGCUACGAAGUGCAGUACCAGGUGAACUUUGUCGGCCACAUGCUCUUGACGGAGCGGCUCAUCCCCAACUUGGAAGCGGCCCCUGAAGCCCGAGUGGUGUUCCUUUCUUCGGUCGGCCACAACUUUGCCUACACCUACUUUGACCCCGCCAAAAAAGUCAACCGGUGGCCCAACGCGAUGUGGACAUGGGUCCGCUACGGCAACGCCAAGGCGGCGGAGAUCCAGUACGUCAGAUACAUGGCGAAACAGCACCCGCGGAUCCUCUGGCUUGCGGUGCACCCGGGGAUUGUCGGGGGUACGGCGUUGUACGACCACUGGACGAAGCUACCGGUAUUGGGCCCGAUCUUUAAUGCCACCGUCAAGGCUGCUGACGCCGUGGGUGGUGUUUCCGUUGAAGAAGGUUCUCUCUCCAGUCUCCGGGCGGCACUUGACCCGCUGUUGACGGCAGCUAAAGAUAACGGCAAGUACUUGACCACGGGGGGACCGGAAGGGUGUGUUCUGAGUGUCGCCAGCAGUGCUAAGAACACCGAACGAACCGUCGACUACAACUACGAACAGCUCAAACGGAUGGGGUUUUUGUGA